UCCCACUCAUCACUCUGAGUUCGAAUCUCGUAUCGUUUGAACGCGCGCCUCUAGAGAACACGAAGAUUAAGAUGAGAGCCACCGCGAUCUUUUGCAUCGCCCUGGCGAUCGGCUGUGCGGCAGCAUUACCCACGAGGGAGAAGAGAUCCCCAUUCGACCCAUUUGGCUUCUUCAACGGAAAUGGAGCUUUCACUGGCGCUUAUGCCGGCGGGUUUCCGUUCGGCGGUGGAGCUUUUGCCGGAGCAGGUUUUCCUUUCUAUUACAGGCCAAUACCUAUCUACAUUCCAUCCUUCGAAAUACCCAAGCCCUGGUACAAAGGGGAAAACGUGUGCACAGAGGUGAAGGAGGCCGAGCUUUCCAGCAUUCCGAAGGAAUGGUUCAGUGACGUGUCCUUUGGUGACUGGAACCAGCAAUCUGAAUCCUGCAGAGGAAACAACAAUAAAUACGUCUGCAUAGAAAGGAAGACAUCAGGUGAAGGUACCAAGAUGGUAGCAACCAAAUACGAGUGCUGUUACGGGUUCGAGAGACCCAGUAAUUCCUUCAGCCCUGGAUGUGUUGAAAGUGCUGGCGCUGGCAAAGAUAAUGGGACCCAGAGCCCCCAGAAGCUGGGAGAUAUGCGCUACAAUAUUAUGACAUCGUCCUCUUCAUCUUCUAACAAAUAUGGCUUUAAGAAAUAAAGUGUUAAAGGUGGCACUCUUCUCCGAGUCCCGCUCGAAUAGUGCAUUGAAAAGGAGGACAUUUUCCGGAAUGAACUUGUGAUUGCUUUUGUGUGCAUUUCCCACCUAAACUAACAGUAUUCCUUGCGAAAAUGUAAAUGUUUUUCUAUUCAAUAAACUUUUGCUGAAUGUA